AACAAACUUACUUUAUAAAAGAAACGUUCGCAUAAUUCAAUUAUUUCUGCUCUUCAUGCAGGAGAGCAAUACCGGUGGUGCAUCGAGUUGAGAUCAAAGAUGGCUAGGCUGAUUUAUGUUUUUGUUUCUCUGGUUGUUCUUGUGAAUUCGGGAAAUAUACCUGACUAUAUCCACAUCUGCCACAGAUCAGAUCCGGAAUUAACAAAAUGUAUAAGAGAAUCUAUCGAAUUUUUAAGACCUCAGCUCAAGCAUGGCAUACCUGAGCUAACUGUUCCUUCAAUAGAGCCAUUAUUUGUCAAAGAAGUUGCAAUUUUGAGAGGCCAGAGCAACAACUUAAAAGCUUUCCUCAGAAAUAUUAAUGUUUACGGCGCCAGCGAUUUCGAGCUCACAAAAUUAAAAGUUAACGUGGACAAAAGUAUUUUCCGUGUUGGAGUGAAAAUUCCAAAGCUCAUGAUGGAAGGUGAUUAUGAAAUCGAUGCUAAGAUCCUUGUAGUACCAAUAAAAGGAAAUGGAAAAUUCAGAGCUAAUGCAACAAACUGUGAGGGACAAGCAAUCCUCAAAGGAGAAGUGAAACCAGACGAGAAAGGCAUCAGGCAUUUAAAAUUCACCCAAUUCAUAUACUCAAUCAAUUUCGGAGACUACAAUAUAGAACUUGAUAACCUCUUCAACGGUGAUCCAACUUUGAGUCAAGCAGCUAUUGAUGUUCUUCAUCAAAAUAAGCCAGAAUUUAUUGCAGCAUCACUCCCAUUUAUAAACACAAAAUUGUCAGAAAUUCUCUUGGAAAUGGCCAAUGGAAUUACAAAAAAUGUUGAUUAUGAUGAAAUUUUCCCAGAAUAAGAACGUUGCUACGUUUAUUGAAUUUUUUCGAAAUGCCUGGUUUUCUACAGAAUUUUGAUAUUGUUAGUCCGCUUUUCAUUAAUCUUUUAUACCUACAAAACGUCAUGUAAAAGCUGAUUAUAAUGAUACCUUUUCAGAAAAAUGUUUCUACUGAGAUUAUUGAUUUGUUUGAUCUAUACCUGUUUUUAAUAGAAUUUUUGAUAUUGUUA